GAGUAAGGUUGCCAGAGCUCAACGAGGGGGGUGGGGUUAGGGUCGGCAACGCGCAUGUAACUCCUCUGGAGUUGCAGGCGUACAUAGGCUACGGAGACUGCUUACUAUCAGGCAGGCCGUAUGCUUGUUUGCCACCGACGUAGUAUAAAAAAAAAAUUAAGUCCCGUUUUAGUCAGUUUUUUUUUGUUAACCUUUUGACCGAGGAUAAUCAGACUUCGUGCGUUCCCAUAUGGCUCACGAUGACACGCCGCGUUCGAUAGAUGUGGCAUUCAAAGGGUUAAAGAUUAUUGUGUAUGUUAAAGGUUACGCUUGUAUUUUUUUUUAAAUACAGGAAACCGAAAGUUGCUCCGGUCAAAGAGAAGAAAACGUUACCGAAGCGUGCGGCGAAGGCAGCCCCUGCGCCCCCUGCCCAGGAAGAGGUGGCCACCAACACGAGACUUCUCAGGAACUCCCGCGACCCUCCGCCGCCAAACCCGGACGUGUACGAGUUCGACGAACUAGAAGGCUCUCGGCCUCCCUCGGGCCUCCGCCGCCGCAACCAGCCCACCCCCGACCCCCCCGCGCAGAGCCCCGAAAGCAUACAAUACAUGGACAUAUGCCCUACAAGCUCUCAACUAGCCAAAAUUAAUACCAAACAAAAAGAAGUUGGGAACGUACUUAGUGUCAGCUUGGUACCUGAGGACGAUAUAUAUAAGAAGCGGAAGAAUUUGAUAGAUAAUCUGACGAAUAGUCCAGCGCUGUUAAACAAGAUUUUCAACUCCUUACCGACAGAACUUCAGAACGAGCUUGGGAGCUUGGCCACGGAGGGGACUGGGCGGGAGGAGGCUUAUUUGGACGAAAAGGCGGGGACGGUCUUAAAGGCACCCACGUACUAUCCUACGGCUGAGGAGUUUGAGGAUCCGAUAAAAUACUACGACAAAAUCGCCCCCGAGGCCUCAAAAUACGGCCUCUGCAAAAUAGUUCCCCCUGAAAACUUCAAACCAACAUGCACGAUGAGCGACACGAUCCGCUUCGCGGUCAUAUACCAGUACAUCUCCAAGAUGUUCAGCCGCUGGGGCCCCGUGUCCAGGGAGCUGGCUGCCAUCAAGGCGCACCUGCGGACCCAGAGCGUCGUGUUCGCGCGGUCUCCCCUCUUGGACGGCAGCGAAGUGAACCUCCCCAGGCUAUACCACGCCGUGGAACGCAACGGCGGUCUCAGCAACGUCAUACAACGCAUGCGGUGGGGCCGCGUCGCCGACGAGAUGAAGCUGACCAAGUUGCAGCACCCGGAGCGCAAGCUGGACCCCAUAUACAUGCGAUAUCUGCUGCCCUACGCCACGUUGUCCGAUCAGGAACGCCAAAGUAUAAUGGCGGAAGUGGAAAAAUGCUGGACCACCAAGUACCAGAAGAUGCUAGAACGGGCCCGCAAUCCCUUCCAGCGUCAGAACCGGAUGCUGGGCACCGAGUGCGAGUCGGAAUCUGACGACGAAGGAGAGGAUGGAAACACAGCUGGUGCGCUCCAAGAGGCAGAGGACUGCAUAGUGCAGGGGCGCACAAUGAACCUCGUCACAUUCAAAAAAAUCGCGACGUCGCUCAUGGACGCGCACUUCGACCCGUCCAAGCAGCCGCCGGGCGCCGUCGACGUCGAGAAGGCGUACUGGCGCGCCGUGCUGCUUGGCACCGAGCACAUCGGUAUACAUUUAGAUUUAUAGUACCUGGGCGACCGAGCUUUGCUCGGUUAUAACUAUUUAUUGUAAUAUGGUGGUGUAUAGGUGGUAAUCUUAACUAUUUUUUUUACUAAAUUAAACUUGUCUAAAACAAUAAAAAUUAAAAAAAUAUAUAUAAAUUUGAACAUAUAAAGAAAAAAGUUAGUCACCGGGCGAGAUUCGAACCCGUAACACUCGUUUAGCAGUCCGCGUCGUAACCCGCUGAACCAGACGGACAGUGGCCGGCAACACGAAAUUAGCGACCAUAUUCUGCGUCGAAAGAAAAACGCAUGAAAACUCGAAAACACGCGUUUUCCCAAACAUAAGACUAAUCUAGAUAGAUUGUAUACCCCCAAAAACCCCCAUAUACCAAAUUUCAGCAAAAUUGUUAGAGCCGUUUCCGAGAUCCCGGAAAUAUAUAUACAAGAAUUGCUCGUUUAAAGGUAUAA